AUGGCGGCCGCCAAGCCCAGCGUCGCUCCUGCCGCAUUUGUGGCCGCGCCAGCGCCUCUCGUGGCAGCCCCCGCUCCAGUCGUCACUGCUUCAAGCUCACAAUACAUCGCAAAGAACUACAACGGCGUUGUCACCGCACCUUUGGUAGCUGCCCCAGCUCCUCUAGUGGCAGCACCUGCAGCAUACGUCGCUCCGACUGCCAGAAUCGUAGCUCCAGCUGCGCCUUUGAUUUCCGCUGCUGCCCCAUUAUACGCUCGAUACGCCUCACCUUAUUUAGCUGCCCCAUACUAUGCCGCCUCCGCUCCCAUCCUUGCUCUAAAG